GGAGGCGGUGGCGGCGGGGGGUUCGCCUCGGCCGCCCCGCGUGAAGAGGAGGAGGAGGAGGAGGAAGAGGAGGACCGGCGCUCCAGAGGGGGAGAGGAACCGCGGGCUCGCUCACUGCUAUGGACAGUGCCAUCACUCUCUGGCAGUUCCUCCUUCAGCUCCUCCAGGAGCCUCAGAAUAAGCACAUGAUCUGCUGGACCUCUAAUGACGGGGAAUUCAAGCUACUGCAAGCAGAGGAGGUGGCCCGGCUCUGGGGCAUUCGCAAAAACAAGCCGAGCAUGAAUUACGACAAACUCAGCCGAGCUCUCAGAUACUACUAUGUGAAGAACAUCAUCAAAAAAGUGAAUGGUCAGAAGUUUGUGUACAAGUUUGUCUCCUACCCAGAGAUUUUGAACAUGGACCCCAUGACCGUGGGCAGGAUUGAGGGAGACUGUGAAAUCGCAGGUUUCACGGAAGUCAGCAGCAAUCUGAAGGAUUUGGAGAAUGGGGGGAAAGAGAAGCCACUCCAACCCUGCUCCAAGACUUCCAGCCGCAACGACUACAUUCACUCUGGCCUUUACUCUUCAUUUACCCUCAACUCUUUGAAUUCCUCCAACGUAAAGCUCUUCAAGUCGAUAAAGAUUGAGAAUCCGGCUGAGAAGAUGGCAGAGAAAAAAAUGCCCCAGGAGCCACCGCCCUCAGUCAUCAAGUUCGUAACGACGCCGUCCAAAAAGCCUCCGGCAGCACCCCUUACCUCCGCCAUUUCCACCGGCCUAAGUGUUUCCACGGCCCCAGAAGACACCCUCCAAGUCUUAGAGACUCUCAUCCCUCCCAAACUGCCUCCCCCGGAAGCCCCGGUGUCGGGACUCGAGGCGGCCACCGCUUUCCCCACAGCGUCCCCUGAGUCCUCUCUCUCCCCUCCCUUAGGGGAGACGUCCAGAUCCCCUUCCCCUCCCUUGAGUUCCAACCCAGACCUGGAUAUCGAUACAGACAUAGACUCGGUGGGCUCGCAGCCCGUAGAACUCCCCCAGAAUUUAUCUGUGGAGCCCAAAGAGCAGGAAGCAACUCUACAAGACAAGGACAGCACAAAUAACUCAUCGCGGUCCAAGAAACCCAAAGGGCUGGAACUAACGCCCACCCUCGUGAUCACAGGCAGUGACCCAAGUCCACUGGGGAUCCUGAGCCCAUCUCUCCCUACGGCUUCUCUUACGCCUGCACUUUUUUCACAGACUCCUAUCUUGCUGACGCCAAGCCCCUUGCUCUCCAGUAUUCACUUUUGGAGCACUCUCAGUCCUGUCGCUCCCUUGAGUCCAGCCAGACUGCAAGGUGCUAGCACUCUUUUCCAGUUUCCUUCAGUGUUGAACAGUCAUGGGCCAUUUACGCUCUCCAGCCUGGAUGGACCUUCCACACCUGGCCCCUUUUCCCCAGACCUUCAGAAAACAUAACACAUGAACUUGUGGACAGGGAGAACUGGGGAACAAAGAAGGAAGAGACGUCCAAUGAAUCCACAUUUAAAAGGAGCAUUUUGUAAUUCCACAGAGCUGAUAAGGGAGGGACACUUGUGAUUUUUGCCCAUUCCCAGGUUAAAAAAAAACCCAACAAACCAUUUUGGAAUUUUCUUUGGUAGGACUCAAGUGGGAAUGGAAAUGGAAAUGCCUUAACUGGAGUCAAGACUCCACCUCUCAUCUCCCUCUUUCCCUCUGGUAAGAAGAUUUCAGUUCGGGUAACAAGAGCCUUUUGGGGGAAUACAGUGACUGAAUCUGCUCUGACCGAAGCCAGUGAAAGCGAGAGAUCUUUUCCUUUUUGCUGCCAGAACCCACCAGCGGAAAGAAGAUUCAUGAUCAAAAUCGAUGAUUCCUUCAAGCUGGUCUUGAAACUGACCACCCCUUACUUAAGACUGUUGGUUUCCCUGAGUACCCCGUAAUUUUCACCUGGUCACGUACAGCAGAAAGCUGAAUAUCAUUUCUCUUUCAUACAGGGUGAAAUUUGAACACUUUCUGUAGGAAAGAGUCAAGCCAGUGUUGGGGUGAAGCACAGAAGAGACAACUCAGCAGAGGCAUCUAGUUUCCGUUUCUGUAAGAUGGUUGUCAGCCCAUUUAGGCUACAGGGUGAUCUUGUCUGAACUUGUCAAGAAAGUAUGGGAUGGUGGUUGUGUUCUCCAACUGCUGUAGCCUAAGGGGCCUCUUUAACUCAAGAUGACAAGCGUUGGUUUGAAACCCAGUCCUUGGACGAUCCACCAAGAAGGUGGGACUCCACAUCUGGCAUGGAAACAUUGGCCGCUUUCUGGGUGGUGUGGUUGUACACCCACUGACUGCAAAGUCACGCGUAGGUGGUCAAUAGGCUUUUGUGAGGAUGGGGCUGAGUUGUUGAGAACGCUAGGCAGGCCUGGUGAGAUACAGAAUUGAGCAAUCGGAGAGAACACUUAUUGCUUUUUCUCAGUCCAAAAGCAUACCCAAAGUGGAGGCCCCUUACUUUCUAUUACCUCAAAGUCCAUUGUUCAUCCUUUGUGGUUUGGUUUUUUUUCAUGCUUUUUUCUUUUCA